AUGAGACUAACCAAAGGUCAUUACACAGAUGAUGUAGAUGCAGUAACAAAGUUUUCAGAAUGGAUUAUUUCUGUUGGAGAUGGCAAUGUUGACAUUGAACCUGACACAGAAGAUGUUAUUACCAUACCUAGAGAUUUGUUAUUGUUUCCAUUAGGGAAUCCUAUGGAUUGCAUUAUUGACAGUACAUAUCCAAGUUUGGUUGACUGCCUAGGCGAUGGGUCUUACUUCAGGGAUCGUGCUAUCCUAACAGUUACAUUAUCUGUUGUUUAUGAAUUGAAUAGUUAUAUGCUUGCAAAGCUACCAGGUGAGGAAGUCAAUUAUCUUAGUGCUGACAGUGUCUGCAAAUCAGAUGGUGCCAACAGUUCCAUUGCAGAAAUACACUCGGUUGAAUUCUUAAAUACAAUCACAAUGUCUAGAUUGCCAAAUCACAAGCUAAGCCUUAAAGUCGGUGCUCCUAUAAUGUUGAUGCGAAAUAUUGAUAAAUCCAUAGGUCUUUGUAAUGGGACUAGGUUAAUUGUCACAUGUUUGGAGAAACAUGUAAUAGGAGCUGAGAUUAUCACAGGAAGCAAUACUGGCAUGCAUGUCUUGAUUCCACGCUUAACCAUCACACCAUCUGAGACGUCUUUGCCUUUCACUCUAUGUAGAAGACAGUUUCCUGUAAUGCUAUCUUUUGUAAUGACUAUAAACAAGAGUCAAGGUCAAAGUCUUCUCAAUGUAGGAUUAUUUCUACCUCGUCCUGUCUUUACACACGGUCAGUUAUACGUUGCUAUCUCACGAGUGCGGCGACGGGAAGGUUUAAAAAUAUUGCUCCUUGAUGACAAAGGCACUCCCAACAAUAAAACUUCAAAUGUUGUUUAUAAGAAAGUCUUCUCUAACCUUUUGAAUUGA